AUGGCUGCAAUUGGCCUCACAAAUCCAUCUUCGGAGCUGACGUCAUCUCUCCAUUCAACGACAUCCAUUUCCAUAGGCUUCUCCCUAUUGAGGUCGAAAAAUGCAUGUAGUUGCGUCUCUUUCCCUACGACUGGCCGGAGUGGUCUAUCCGGACGACGCCGUUUGGGGAUUUGUAGCUCCUUCACUCAAAUGGAAUCCGCCAAGAUUAAGGUCGUUGGCGUUGGUGGUGGCGGGAACAAUGCCAUUAAUCGCAUGAUUGGCAGUGGCUUACAGGGUGUCGACUUCUACGCCAUAAACACAGAUGCUCAGGCACUGUUUCAAUCUGCUGCUGAGAACCCUCUUCAGAUAGGGGAGCUUUUGACGCGUGGACUUGGUACUGGUGGCAACCCGCUUUUGGGGGAACAGGCUGCUGAGGAAUCAAAGGAAGCAAUUGCAAACGCUCUCAAGGGAUCGGAUAUGGUGUUUAUAACUGCAGGGAUGGGUGGGGGUACAGGGUCUGGUGCAGCUCCUGUUGUUGCUCAAAUAUCAAAGGAAGCUGGCUAUUUGACUGUUGGUGUAGUUACCUACCCAUUCAGCUUUGAAGGACGUAAAAGAUCCUUGCAGGCUCUGGAAGCUAUUGAAAAACUCCAGAAAAAUGUGGAUACACUGAUAGUGAUCCCAAAUGAUCGUCUGCUGGAUAUUGCUGAUGAACAGACUGCCCUGCAGGAUGCUUUCCUUCUAGCUGAUGAUGUGCUGCGCCAGGGUGUCCAAGGGAUAUCAGAUAUAAUCACAAUACCUGGGCUGGUAAAUGUGGAUUUUGCCGAUGUUAAGGCAGUGAUGAAGGAUUCUGGUACUGCUAUGCUUGGCGUGGGUGUUUCCUCCAGCAAGAACCGUGCUGAAGAAGCAGCAGAACAGGCAACUUUGGCUCCUUUGAUUGGCUCCUCCAUUCAAUCUGCUACUGGAGUCGUAUAUAAUAUUACUGGCGGAAAGGAUAUCACUCUGCAAGAAGUGAAUAGGGUGUCGCAGGUUGUUACCAGUUUGGCAGAUCCUUCUGCAAACAUCAUAUUUGGUGCUGUUGUAGACGAGAGAUACAAUGGAGAGAUACACGUAACCAUCAUUGCGACUGGUUUUACACAAUCAUAUCAGAAGUCUUUCCUUUCCGACCCAAGAGGAGCAAAGCUAGUCGAUAAAGUUGCAGGGAGCCAAGAAAGCACAAAAUCUCCCAUCUCCCUCAAGACAUCAGCCUCAAAUUCCAGUGCUCCUCGUCUAUCUCCUCGAAAGCUCUUUUUUUAG